AUGCGGCCAGGACAGUUCCACUGCUAUCGGGACGUUCUCAAUGACGUCAGGGAAACGCCCCCAUUUAAAGGGAAAAUUGGAGGAACAGGUCCCUUGGAUGUUGACUUUAAAAUAAAUGUGUCCAUCGACAAAAUAAUUUUGGAAAAUCUUAAUAUAACAUUUGGAGGCCAUAGUAAGCCAAAGAACUGUACUGCUCUACAGAAAAUUGCCAUCAUAAUACCCUUCAGGAAUCGAGAACUACAUCUUACCUACUGGCUCUUUUAUAUGCACCCCUUCCUACAGAAGCAGCAAGGUGACUAUGGCAUAUAUGUGGUGGAACAGCAUGGACAAUCAAUGUUCAACAGAGCAAAACUAAUGAAUAUUGGGUAUACGGAGGCAGUGAAGGAUUAUGAUUACAAUUGCUUCAUAUUCAGUGAUGUGGAUAUCAUACCAAUGAAUCUGAAAAAUCUAUACAGGUGCUCUAAAUAUCCAAAGCACAUGGCCCAUUCUCUGGACAAGUUUAAUUUCAGGUUACCAUACAAGACAUUGUUUGGAGGAAUAGUGGCUUUUACCAAAGAACAGUACCUAAAUAUAAAUGGUUUCUCAAAUAGCUUCUGGGGCUGGGGAGGAGAAGACGACGAAUUAUAUCAAAGGGUGGUAGCAGCAGGGAUGAUUAUUGAACGUGCUCCACAAAAUAUUUCUAAAGCCAAAAUGAUGACCCAUAUGAGAGACCCUGGUAAUGAGAGAAACCAGAAGAAUGUCCCUCUGAUAAGCAAAGCCAAGUUCAAAAUGCAUGAAGAUGGCUUGAGUUCAUUGGAAUACUUACUUAUAAGUUUCACAAGACAUAGGCUCUAUACAAAGAUAACAGUGGACAUUGGAAAGCCAGAUGACAGCGUGAAGCAUUCACUUGGUGGGAGUGUAUAA